AUGUGGUGGAUCUUAUGGGUAAUAUUAACUAUCUUGGUUUGCGUGGAGUGGUUGGUGAAGUGUAAAGAAUUUCAAAUUAUACCCGGACCUAAAGGAAUUUAUAUACUUCAUAAUGCACUCGAUGUUAUUAUUGAACCAGCGAAACUGUUUUCCUAUUUAAGAACCUGGGCCAAUACUUAUGAAAGCCUCUUUAGAUUACAAUUAGGACCAGUUAAGGUUAUACUCAUUCAUAAUCCCGAAGAUAUAGAGAAAGUGAUAAAUGGAACAAAAUAUACCACUAAAGGAUUCCUUUACUACUUUAUCCAGCCCUGGUUAAAGGAAGGCAUACUUACUAGCAAAGGUAAAAAAUGGCACGCGCGAAGAAAAAUGAUAACACCGACGUUCCAUUUUAAUAUAUUGAAUAAUUUUAAGCAAAUCAUGGAACAUAACGUUGAAAAACUCAGUGACCACUUGGGAAGUGAAGUUAAUAAGCCAUACACAGAUGUUUCAGAGUUCUUACACGACUUUACUCUUCAUACUAUAUGUGAAACAGCGAUGUCUAUCAAAUUAGACGAAAAAAGCAGCGAUUUUAAUGAGUUCAAGGAGAAUAUACACAAAUUAAUACAUUACGCUGUAUACAGGGCUCAGAGGGUAUGGAUGUAUCCAGAUUUUAUUUUUAACUUAACGAAUUUGGGUCGGAAGCAACGAAAAGCUUUGGACAUCCUAGAGUCAUUCAGAUCUCAAGUAGUAAAAAAGCGGCGUGAAUGUAAAACUGAAGAUGUAUGGAUAAAUGAUAAAGAACAGUCGUCAAAGAGGAGAUUGGGGCUGCUGGAUAUUUUAUUACAAGCUGAGAAAGACGGCCUGAUUGAUAAUCAUGGAAUUUGUGAAGAAGUCGACACUUUCUUGUUUGGGGGCUACGACACAACUGCGAUUGCUUUAAAAUUUAUUAUUUUGCUACUGGCCAAUCAUAAAGACGUUCAGGAUAAAAUAAUAGAAGAAUUUAACACCAUAGUGGGCUUUUCAAAAGGUGAAAUUACAAUGGCAGACUUGACAGAAAUGAAAUACUUGGAUUGUUGUAUAAAAGAGACUAUGAGAUUAUAUCCACCAAUACCAGCUAUUACCAGAAAUAUUGAUGAGCCAUUGAAACUUCGGGGUUAUGAAAUCCCAACUGGAACGGAAGCUGUCAUUUUAAUUUACGACCUGCAUCGACGUGCGGAUCAGUUCGUUGAACCUUUGGCGUUCAAGCCCGAAAGGUUUUUAGCCGAACCAACUUGGCACACUUACUCCUAUAUUCCAUUCAGCGCUGGUGCCAGAAAUUGUAUAGGACGUAAAUUUGCAAUGAUCGAAAUGAAGCUGGUCGUUCUGUCAUUGCUACGACGAUUCUGCCUUUUACCAGUCACAAAAACCGAAGACCUUGUAUUUGCUACGGACUAUGUUCUACAAACGACGCAACCAAUUUACGUCAAAUUUCAGGAUCGAUAUAAGGAAGCACACUAA